AUGUUUGGAAAGUCUGCCUCUCGGGUUGCCCCUAAUAACUCGAAUGUACAAAUAAAUACUCGAGACAACUUUGCUGUUGUGCUUGUGGACGGAAACGGAGCCUUGUUCCGCGAGGAACUCCUGCGAGAGAGGGACGGAUAUGGAGCCCAUGAGGCAUCUUCAAGAAUUAUACAUGCAGUUCGAGAAAACAUGUACGGGCCCGGGAAUAGGGCAGAUAUAACGGUUGUCGUUCGCGUAUUUGCGGAUCUCGACGAACUUUCCAGAAUUAUGCACGAGUCCAGGAUCACUUAUAGAUAUGGCAUGUCCACUUUUGCUGAGCAAUUCAGUGUCACCCGUGGUGAAUUCGAUUUUGUGGAUGUUGGUCCUGGUAAGCAGAACGCAGCCAGGAAGAUGGCAAACAACCUAUACCAUUUUUACAGCAACAUCCAGUGCCAGAAAAUCUUCUGGAUCGGCUGCCAUGAUGCCGGCUACCUGAAAGAUCUCCAGCAGUACACAAGUGACCCACGCAGCAGAGACCGCAUCGUGCUAGUUGAAACAACACCAGCGCAGCCAGUCUUCCGGACCCAGCUGCCGUUUACAAUGACCAAGUUUGACCGUGUGUUCAGGUCUACCCGUUUGACUGGUGAGGAAUCAGAAUACAACGCGACAUCAGACUUUAGUAUAUCACCAGACUAUAGUCCGACGUCCGUCAACAAUUCCCCUGCACGAUCAAUAGAGCUACCGGUCCUGACGAGUGUUUCUUCUUCCAGGCCCUCGCCGGUAAAGGAAUCAACAGACAUCACACUUCCACUCUGGACACCCGUGGUACCAGACCUCGUCCAAACACCAGAAACAUUCUCAAUUUCUCAACCUACAACCUACAACCCCAGCUUCAGAACCGCAUCACCGUCCUACACCCACUGCCAGCCAUCGCAAGUAUCCUUCACCAACAUCCCACUAGAACAACCCCAGCCCAAGCCUCACGCACAAAUACAACAAUGGUCUAACCUAAUUACCUCCGGCAACGGCGGAAUCUCAAUCCGCUACACACCUCUAUCACCAAGCACACCAUCAUACGCCUCAGUCGGCGGCCCAAAUCACCAAAACAUGUCCAUACAAACAGUCAAAUCCACCCGCAGAAUAAUCCUCAACAUGGACGGCUUCCGGCUUGACGAUUUAAACUUCAAGCCGGAUAAUAAGUCCGCUAGCGAUAGCUACCUCAAAAAGCUGCAGAAAGUCAAAUUCCACAGCAGGGGUUUCUGCAACUAUAAGUACCUGCAGGGAGAAUGUCAGAAAGGAGUCACUUGUCCAAUGGAGCAUAACGUGCUGCUUUCUGAGGAGGAGCUUGCUGUGCAUCGAUAUCGGGCUCGAUUGGGGCGUUGUAAUAGAAGGACGGCUUGUAGGGACUAUGAGUGCUUUUUUAGCCAUCAUUGUCCCUACAUGCCGAAUUGUACCCGGUCGAAAUGCAAGUUUGAGGAGCAUUUUGAGAGGAGGGAGGGUGAGGCUUGGUGA